CUGCAAACCUAAUCCAAUCCAAUUUUAGUUAGGGGAUAAGGAAGCUGCGAAAACUGGGGCAUCACAGCUCAAUUUAACUGUUCCAUUUCCUCUACUAGCUGUUGCAGUAUGGCCAUAGCUGCCUCUACCUGCUGCUUCUCCGUGCUCACCUCCAGCGUUAAAUUCUGCUGCUACUCUUCUCCCCAACACCGUCUCCUCUCGUCGCAUCGAACAAUUGGCUCCGUCGCUUCUAAUGCUAUCAAUCACAAACGACGGCCAUCGAAGCGAGGUUCCUCGUCGUCAAUUGAUAAGGCCAACAGAGAUAAAGAAGGCGCGUCGCAUUAUAAGUCGCCGGGGAAAUCAAAAGAUGAGAGGUACUAUUCAUGUGGCGACGGAGGAGAGAGGGGGAAAGCUCAGUCCAUCGCUUAUAAGUCGUUUGGAAUGCAAAGUAGAGACAAGAAGGAGCAUCAGGCUGAAGCAGGGAAUCUUCAGGAGGCGGCUUUUCUGAAUGCGGUUGUUAAGGUUUACUGCACUCAUACUGCACCUGAUUAUUCUCUUCCUUGGCAAAAACAAAGACAAUACACAAGCACUGGGAGUGCUUUUAUGAUUGGGAAUGGAAAACUUUUGACGAAUGCACAUUGUGUUGAAUAUGACACACAAGUGAAAGUGAAGAGAAGAGGAGAUGAUACCAAAUAUGUGGCUAAGGUGUUAGCCAGAGGUGUUGAUUGUGAUAUAGCUUUACUUUCAAUAGAAAAUGAGGAAUUUUGGGAAGGAUCUGAACCACUACAUUUUGGACGGUUGCCCCGUCUUCAGGAUGCAGUGACUGUUGUGGGAUAUCCCCUCGGAGGAGACACCAUUUCAGUGACAAAGGGAGUUGUAUCACGCAUAGAGGUUACAUCAUAUGCUCAUGGAUCAUCUGACUUGUUGGGUAUUCAAAUUGAUGCUGCAAUAAAUCCUGGUAAUAGUGGUGGUCCUGCAUUCAAUGACCAUGGGGAGUGCAUUGGAGUGGCAUUUCAGGUUUACAGAUCUGAAGAAGCUGAGAAUAUUGGAUAUGUGAUUCCAACAACAGUUGUGUCUCACUUUCUGGAUGACUAUGAGAGGAAUGGGAAAUACACCGGCUUUCCCUGCCUUGGUGUACUGCUGCAAAAGUUGGAGAAUCCAGCAUUGCGAGCGUGCUUAAAAGUACAGUCUAAUGAGGGUGUGCUGGUACGGCGAGUUGAGCCAACCUCUGAUGCAAAUAAUGUCUUAAAGGAGGGGGACGUGAUUGUAAGCUUUGAUGAUGUUCAUGUUGGGUGUGAAGGAACUGUGCCAUUCCGAUCAAAUGAGCGCAUUGCAUUUCGUUACCUUAUUAGUCAAAAGUUUGCUGGUGAUGUGGCAGAACUUGGCAUCAUCAGAGCAGGUUCGUUCAUGAAGGUUAAAGUGGUUUUGAAUCCUAGAGUCCAUUUGGUUCCCUAUCAUGUUGAUGGAAGUCAGCCUUCUUAUAUAAUAAUUGCUGGUUUGGUGUUUACCCCUCUGUCAGAACCACUGAUAGAUGAGGAGUGUGAAGACUCUAUAGGGUUGAAACUACUAGCAAAAGCACGGUACACUUUGGCAAAGUUCAAAGGAGAACAAAUUGUUAUCCUAUCACAGGUCCUAGCAAAUGAAGUCAACAUUGGAUAUGAGGAUAUGAGCAAUCAGCAGGUUUUGAAGUUCAACGGUACUCGAAUAAAAAACAUUCAUCACCUAGCCUACCUCUUUGAUUCAUGCAAGGACAGAUAUUUAGUGUUUGAGUUUGAAGACAACUAUAUUGCUGUGAUGGAGAGGGAAGCAGCUAGUGCCUCUGCAUCCUACAUACUCAGAGAUUAUGGGAUUCCAUCUGAACGAUCUCCUGAUCUAUCGGAGCCAUAUGCCGACUCACCAUCAGAUAAGCAAGUAAUAGAACACGAUCCUCUUGGUGACAGCCCGGUUUCAAACCUGGAAAUUGGCUUAGAUGGACUCCUGUGGGCGUAACUGUCAAAUGUUGCCAGGUCCAUUUUAAUUUAUUAGGGCACCCUUAGUUGGGAAGCAUGGCGACAGCCUACAAAUUAGCUACCGAUGGCAUGCCAGGGCUUCUGCUCAUUUUAAGAGCCCUUGUAAGGGCUGUUAUUGAGGUUUUUGGUUCUUUGUUUUUACUCUCUUCUUUUCCCCUUUUCUGGGUGGGUGAGUGAUGUAGUUUUUUCAAAUCGAUUUUAAACCAAAUUUCAUUUUUAUCUUAUCAGUUUUUUUUUUUUUUUUCACUUUUUGAUAAAGCAUUUUUAUCUUUUCGUCAGAGAGCAUAGUUGUGUGCAGGAGAUCUGCAAUCGGGCUUGAAAUUAUUGGCUGUAAUAAUUUGAGAUAAUGGAUAUUUGAAUUAUUUAAUCAUUCAAUUUAAUACAAAAUAAAGAGCAUUGAGCAACAUCCAGUUUCAGAUAA